AGACCGGAGGGACACAACAAAUGGCAGAUAUCAACAUCAAAAUAAGACAAAUCAAACAGAACAACAAGCGAGAGUUGAUGAGUUCAUCCAGUAACAAUACUCUACAGCUCACUGUCAAAUCUGUAAUACGUAGCAUCCUGAUCAAAGCUGUCAAAAAAGCAGACACCAGCUGAAAACACUGUAGUCCAUUCUCGGUUGUUAGAAACAGAGUCGGAGUGAGACCUCUGUCCCGGCUCCUGCUCAUCCUAUCUCUUAGCCGCUCCGUUUCCUCCGCUAGCUUAGCCUGCUAGCUGGCAGUCCAAGUAAACAUGGCCAUGUCGCAGGCUCUGUCUGAGGAGGAGUUUCAUCGGAUGCAGGCUCAGCUGUUGGAGCUGCGGACUCAGAACUACCAGCUGUCUGAUGAUCUCAGGAAGAACACGGCAGAGCUGAACGCCGUCCGUCAGAAGAAUGUGGUUUUGGAAAGAGAUUUUGUCAAAGCACAGAAGGCUCUCAACAAAAGCAAGAAAGCGCAGGAGGUGGACGCACUGCUGAGUGAGAACGAGAUGCUUCAGGGGAAGCUGCACAGUCAGGAGGAGGACUUCAGGCUACAGAACAGCACGCUGAUGGCCGAGCUCUCCAAACUGUGCACGCAGAUUGAGCAGCUGGAACAGGAGAACCAGGGCCUGAAGGAAGGAGGAGCCGCCUCUGCAUCCAACCCCGCCUCCAGUCCUGUCGAUGGAGAACUUCUCCGCCUCCAGGCUGAAAACUCCACCCUCCAGAAGAAAAUGAAAGCCCUCCAGGAGCGCUGCGACAGAGAGCUCCAGGGCGUUACCACGGAGACCGACGGGUUAGCCAGCGCCAACGGAGUCUCUGACGUCACAGGGAGAGGGGAGGAGCCUGCAGCAGAGGGAGCCAAUGACAGCCUGGAACAGGUGAUUGACAUCGACACGGAGGCUCAGCUGGAGCUCACAGGGAAGCAGCUUCAUGCGCCCCCUUUAGGCCUGUCAGAGAAGAGCGUAGAGACGAUUGUAGCUAAGCAGGCAGCGCUAGGCUGGUCGGCUGCUCUCUGUCCAAUAACUCACUGCUUUGGACCAGAGCUGGAGAUGGCACUGAACACCGAGCAGGAGGAGAAGAGGCUGCUGAGGGAGCAGAUCCACACGCUGGAGGCGUCCAAACAGGCUGAGAUCACCAAACUGCAGGAAGAGAUAACCAAGCUGUCUGACAAGCUAAAGAAGAAGCAGGAGAGCUUUCAGCGUCUGCAGGGAGAGAAAGAAGUUCUGUACAACGACAGCAGGACGAAGAUUGACGAGAUCAACCAAAGGAAGGAGGAGGAGCUGAAAGCCAUGAACAUCCGCAUCCAGAAACUCCAAGCUGACCUCACAGCAGCCAACCAGACGGCAGCAGAGCUCAGAGAGCAGCUGCAGAGCAAAGAAAAGGAACACGAACUGGCUGUACACACUCUGAAAGACCAGGUAGCCAAUCAGAGUGCAGUCAGUCAGGAGCAGGUGGACAGCAUCCUGCAGGAGAACGAUGCUCUGAGGACAAACCUAGCUGCUCUAGAACAGGAGAACAGUGCUUUGAGGACCAACCUGUGUGCUCUUGAACAGAUCCAGACAGUGAAGACGCAGGAGAUGAAUCUGUUACGUGAGCAGCAGGAGGCGCUGACGGCCGAACUGCAGCAGAGACGAGUCGAACAUGAGAGUCUGCUGGCUCAGAGGGACGACCUGGACUCCCAGCUGCAGGAGUCAAAUUUUGCCAACAGGAAGUUGUUGGAGCAGUUAACAGAAGAAGGACAAGAGAAGGACAAACUGCUGAGAGAGCUGGACGAAGCUAAGAAGACAGCAGAGAAGAGGAAGGCCAUGUUGGACGACAUGGCCAUACAGCUGAACCAGGAGAAGUCUGACCACAAGGAGGCGCUGUCAGACCUCAAACUGCAGCACGAGAAGGAGGUCCUCGGGGUGAGGGCUCGAUAUGAGAGGGAGCUCAGAGGACUCCAUGAAGACAAGAAUCGCUCUGAGGAGGAGAUCCGACAACAGCUUAGAGAUGAAAAGGCUCGGACCAAAGAGCUGGAGGGUCUUCAGCAGCAGGUGGAGGAGCUGCAGGCUCAGGUUCUGUCCAUGGAGGGAACCAAAGGAUGGUUCGAGAGGCGACUGAAGGAGGCUGAGGAGAACUUAGAGAAGAAGUGUGUGGAACAUCAGGAUGAGAUCCAACAGCUGCACAAAGAACACACACUUCAGCUGGAGGAGAAGCAGUCAGAGAUGGAGGGACUGAAGCAGCAGCUGGAGAAGGUGGAGAAACAGAGGGAUGAGCACAAUGAAAGCAUCGGAAAACUCAAACAGGAGAUAAAAGACACGGUGGACGGACAGAGGAUUUUAGAGAAGAAGGGAAGUGCAGCGCUGAAAGACUUGAAGCGGCAGCUGCAGCUGGAGAGGAAGCGAGCUGACAAACUGCAGGAGAGACUUCAGGAGAUCCUGACCAACACCAAGACCAGGACAGGUCUGGAGGAGCUCGUCCUCUCAGAGAUCAACAGUCCCAGUCGCACUCAGCAGACCGGAGACUCGUCCUCGGUGUCCUCCUUCUCCUACAGAGACAUGAUGAAGGAGACUCAGCCGACCAAUCAGAACAAGUCUGGAGGCGGCAGUCCUCAGUCCCAGCGUCCUGCUGAAUUGUCCGACGACGAGGUCGGAGAGUUGUUCCAGAGGCUCGCCGAGGUCCAGCAGGAGAAGUGGAUGCUGGAGGAGAAGGUCAAACAUCUGGAGGUGAGCUGUUCAUCAAUGGCUGAAGAUAUCUGCAGGAAGAGCGCCAUCAUCGAGACCUACGUGAUGGACAGCCGCAGAGACGUGUCAGGUAGUGCAGUCGGAGGCCAUGGAGGCUCCCAGGGAGACCGUGGAGGUCUGGGUUCAGUCCUCAGAGAUCUGGUCAAACCCGGAGACGAGAAUCUGAGAGAGAUGAACAAGAAGCUGCAGAACAUGUUGGAGGAGCAGCUGACCAAGAACAUGCACCUGCAGAAGGACCUGGAACUACUGUCCCAGGAAUUAGUCCGUCUCAGUAAGGAGAGCAGUCCUUGUGCCGGAGCGGCUGGGUCGGGGUGAGACUAUCUCCUGGAUUCAUCCAUUCCUUCCCCUCCUUCUCACUACUGCUGUUCUCCUCAGCUGGAGGGUGUGACCUGGGCUCAGACUAACACCUGGAACCAACAUUUCUCCCUGCUGUUAUCAUCAUACAUUGGGCCUUGACUACUGACUGCAGCUGCUAUGAUUUCACUACAUCGCUGUGUGACGGGCUGUGAGUAAAUGCUGGAAUUAGUCCAUCUGUUGUAUCUCGAUGAAGAGAUGCGAAGGGAGGAAACUUCAGUCCAGAAGGAAUGGACAAGUUGUCUUGCUAUUUGAAUGUACUGCAAUUAGACUGCAUCACUCAGUUCCUGUGUCAAGCCCUGGUUACAACAUGGAAAACAUACUAACACAGACUACAACUGUUUGCUCCAAUUAAUUUCUACGUCUUCAAGUGAUUUCAGACUGUCGCUUUAGCAAUCUAAUGUCUGCUGAGUCCUGGCUAUGUCCUGAGCUUCCUGUCUGCAACAAACUGAUACUGUACAUCAGGGGUUUGUCUAUGUGCUGGAGCAUCUGCGAUGUGCAACCGAUUCCAACCAAAUUGUACUUUAUAAUUGCAUUCAAAAAAAUUCUUCAUCACAAGACGUUUUCUCCCAGAGCUUUCAGCCACCUCUCAUGGCCUUCAUUAGCAGCUUGAUGUCUGCUCAGUCACGGUGAAGUCAUCACCUCACAGGAAAUAUCUCCAUGACAACUGAGCAAAGACCUGCUGCUGAUGCAGGACAUGAGAGCAAGUUUGUCAGACUCGCAGUUCAGCCGUGUUCAUCAUCCAACUGAAGCAUCAGCCGAGAAGCUAACUCAGACAUCACAGGAAUAAAAACGAGUACAUGUGGCAAACACGAGGUUCAGUGUGACGAUCAGGACGUGCGACCAGCCAGCAGAGGAAAGCUUCAGCCACAUAAAAACGUCUGAAACUACGGACUGCUUCUAUGUUGGGCUGUGGUUACUUCCUGGUGUCUCUGCAGCCCAGCGAUGAUGUAAAACUACUCUGUGUUCCGUUCAGUCAGUCUUUUCCCAUGGUGUGUGAUUGUGGCUGGUUACUUGGUGUUUUAUUCCAAAAAAGGUUCAUGAACUUCAUCACUUUAUUUUAAAAUUCAAAAACAAAAAACUGCAUGAAAAUAAGACAAAAUUAAAAAUUUCAGAUGUGCGAGAACAUAAAAUGAAAGUAAAUUGUGAGCGUCUCGGUGAAAACUGAACAGUCGGUCCGUCUGCGUCCUUUGGUUUCCGUGUCUACAUGUUGGAUCACCUGAACUGUAACGUGUUUUAUUUUGCAGACACCAAACAGUGUAGGAAAAACAAGUGAAACCCUCAGCUGUGGCUGCUGAUUUUGUGAGUUUGAUGCCUCUGUUGGGCAGGGUCUACUUCCUGCUUCAAACAAUACAUUAUUAUUAUUUUGCCCAUAUCAAUAAAUCUGCUUCUGUUUUGUGAUUUUGUAUAAAGUUUGAAGUUAAACUUUUGACAGGAAAUGAAAGUCAAAUGUUGUCCUGUCUGCUCUGCCCCUUUAUUUCCUUUCCUUCCCAUGGGCUCUGACUAUGUCCUGGACUGAAUGUCUGCCACAGGAUGCUUCUGGUGACUGACUAUAUCCUGGAUGCUUUAUGUUGUAACUGCCUGUACAUUUCUGCUUUCUUUCUGUUUGUACAUUGCAAAAAAAAAAAAAAAAAACCCAUAAGAAUCUGAAAACAGGUGAACACUUGUGUGUUUCCAGUGCAGCUUUACUUGUGCCGGGACAGGAAGGACAAACGAGUAUCAUGUUGCUCCUGUUCAACCCAGUCCGCUUUCCUAAAUGAUGCGUCACCCGUCGGAGCGUACAGGUCAGGAGCCAGUCGAGCUGCGCUGAAAACACUGAAGUGAUUUUCUGAGUCUGCAGCGCACUGACAAAGCGGGAUCAGUCUAUGUGCUGGGCAGAGACUCUUGCUUUGUUUCUGUUUGUAAUGUUUAAAUCUGUGUACAUACGCUGUGAUAUGACUUCUAACUGUAUGAAGAAUCAACGGAUCUAUUUAUGACACUGACAACGAUCAUGACAACUAAUUAUUGGAACAAUAAAAAUCUGAAAAAACGUCA